UCAGUCUGUGCCGUGUGGUCACUGCUGUGGUUACUUUAAUUUAGAGGCUGUUUUCUAUGAGGAUUUUACAGCAUUUACACGUCUGUUGUUUGUUUCAGUCUUCGCGUCGCUUUACGGACCGUUUUUUUUAUUUUUUCACAGUCGGUAACGAUCGGUAUCAUCAGUUGGUCGGUGUUGACAUCGUGACAGUUACACCAACGGCUCAAUGAUACAGUAGCUCCGGGCUGUUAUAACCUUAAAUUGGAAGUACUUCAUGGAAACAAGAGGAAUUCCCAACAUUUUACUCGUCUUUUUUCCAGUUAUCUCGUCUUAAUUGUCAACAUAAGUACAUUUAGAGACUUGAUAGCUUCUCAUUGAACUUGUGCAGCCCAAUGACUAUGGGCUAACUACCACUACUUCAAUGAAUCCUACUGUUUGAAGACUGUUUUAAACGGAAAGUAAAAGACUGAGCUACCUCCGCUUCACUUUACAACAUGUUAUGAAGACAACAAACAAGUGGACUGUUUGCUGACCCAUGGCUGAGGCUGUAAACAUGCUUUUAACUGCAUAAUUCAGUUGUGUGUGAUUCAACGUUCCUCCAUGCCUCUGUUGGCAUCUAAUGGAAGAAAAAGCACCCAUCAAGUCUGCCAUGGUAUCCAGACUGCCUAAGUUCGGUGGACGCUCCUCGACUGGUGGCGCUAGCCCCUUGUCCAAUGGUUCCACACAGCCAACCACCCCCACACAGGAUGGUAAAACUACUCCCCCAGCAACACGCCCAAAUGGCUUAAUCCGUGCCUCUCCUUUUUCACUGAAAUGGAAAAAAGACGAAGGGACGACCCCCCCAAGCCCCACCACUCCCACCAGCCCUGGGGAUGGAGUUGAAGACAAGGCUCAGACACAGCUUCCCUCUCUGGCAAAGGAGGUAAAGAAUGGCUCUCCAGCGACGCCCAAGAUGCGGAGGUCAGGUGCUUUGAUGGUGGCAGUGUCCAGUCCCAAGGCAAUCCCCAAGCAAUCUGUGAAGAUGAGUCCCAAAGUGGGGACUAAGCUAACCCAAAGCCCGCUGAACGGAGGUCCAAAAAUAGGCCAUAAUGGCUCCAGCAUUCCUGCUCUAACAGGGUCAGAGUCCCGCCUUGUGCGGCCACGGUUAGGCUCCAGCUCGCCCAGAAGCAGCUCUCAAGACAGCCUGUCCCAGUCCAGUGACAGCCUGAAGACCUUGGCUUUGGAUAACAUGGUGCGUUCGAACAGCUUCACUCACUUCAAGCAGAUUCCCUCGCCCACCAGCCAGCCCAUGAUACGAUCCUUCUCCUUUAACCGGGCUGUGGAGCUAGCCAAGCCUCUGGCAAACACUCAGCUUCGGCCUCCUCGGAGUAGUUUCCUCAAACCACCUCAGUUGAGCAAUGGAAGAGUGGGUUUAGGACUCGGAGGCCUUAAUGGCAGCCUUGGAGGUUCAGGAGGUCUCAGUGGAGGACUUCAGUACAGUAAAACUCCUUCAGCUGCGUCCUCUCUGCCCGCCCUCUCAGUCCCUCCAGCACCCUCUACUCCCAGCUCUCUGAGGAAGCCUCUGCUCCCUAGCUGUGUACUGACCAAAUCAUUGGGAAGCAGUGGGGGGACUUUGGGAUACAGACUGGCUCGAUCCGGACAGACCAAGCAGCAGAAGCCUCUUUUUCCAGGUAGGGUCAAGGGGGAUAUCAGACCUUCAACUGCCCCUGAAUGUGCAGGGCUGUUAGGGAUAGCAACAGACAGUGAGCAGACUGCUGAGGUUGACAAAGUAGACUCACACAGUGACAGUGAUGGAAGUUCUGGAGGAGGGAAGGGGGGAGGAGAAAGUGGUGUUCUUAGGAAAAGCUCUGGACAGACAGCAGGAGAGACUCUAGAGGACAUGUCCCUAUCUUCUGUCUCAUCUCUAGACAGAGGCGACACCAGUGAAGAGUUUCUAGAUGACUUUGACUGUGUGGGAGAUGUGUUCAGUGAUGUGGACCUGCCUGACAAUAGAAAAACUGGCAGUGCUACUCACACCCGCCUACACAGCUUUCUCAACGAGACCCUCGACUGGGACACUAUGGAUCUGGCAGGGCAUACAGAAGAAAGCCCUAUGCAGGACUCCCAGGGACCACUGGUGGUGUCUUCAGAGCAAGGCGAUGCCCUUCAGGCGUCUUCUGUGGAGAUGUCACCCUCCAACAGCUCUGGUGGAACCUACAUGUGGGAUGAGGAUGGGCUUGAGCCCCUUGGGGGGCCGGGGACACAUCCUUGUGACAGCUAUGACAAUUCAGAGCUCAACAGCACGGAUAUCCUGAACAACCUGGACCCUCCUGGAACUGGAGAGUUGGACGAUGACGACCUCAUGUUGGAUGUGGACCUCCCAGAGGAUGGCUUACAUGACGCUGACAGAAUGUCCCACUUUGAGCGCUCAGAGAGGGCCGGUCGGCAGGGGCAGCGACGAAGACACCAUCGCUGGAGCGGGCCCGAUCACUUCUACAAUGACAGCAGAGCCCAUGUCGUCCAGCACUAUGAUGGUCUCAAGGCGUCAAGGUUCUCUUCGCGGCCCAUCUCUUCUGAAGGCAGGCAGCAUGGCUACAUGGCGAUGCUGGAUGAACUCACACUCGAACACAUGACUCAGGACUGCGGCUCCCUCAAGAAACAGCUGCUCAGGCUCAAAACAUUACUACAGCUUGAGGAUACAGACUCUCCAGCAGAUGUUCCUGAAGAGAUUGAAGAUGAUACCACUGCAUCACAGUUGGAGGAGCUGAUUAAGGAAGUGCAGGUGCUCAGAGAGGAGCUGAGGAGUCGAGACAAGACCAUAGCUCAGCUCACAUUGCAUUGUCAACAGCUGCAACAACAUCAGCGCGAACAAAUGCCUGCUCAAGGGCGUGCGGUCAGGUGUCAGUGCCACCACCAGAGGGCUCCCUCCUCACUACGACAGAGUGACAGACAGAUGGACAAACGGAUGCAGCAUAACUAUGACAAGGCCACCCAGACGUACUGGAGACCACCGAGCCACGCUCCUCAAAUACUACAGCCUUUCAACCCCUGCCUCAAAGAGCACCUCCACCAGGGAAGACUAGCAAAAACUCCCCCCACCGAGGGCCACAGUGACCUCACAAGGAGUAGAUCAGAGGAAGGAACUUAUAUAGACACUGAUCGUGCUCUUGAAGACCUUAUGGCAGAUGUCUCUGGGCCAGCAAACCCCGACAAGCUGAGUCAUCUCCUCAGCACCCACCUGCGCUGCCCGGGCUCCAGGGCUCCACAGGGGGUAACUGCCAGAGACAGUCCAACAUCAGCAGCUCAGUCUGCAUCACAGCAUGACCGGAGAACUCCUGCUGUGACACCGCAGAGCUCUGUCACUCCCAAAUGUGCUGGUUUGACUAGCCCUCGCAUGCUGCAGCCUCCUCGCCUUCACAAGCGCGUGUCUCUCCCUGCACUCAAGCCAGGGGGCACUGGUGGCUUUGCCUCUCUGAAGCUGGGCUGCUCCUUAGGGCCUCUGCCUAACCGGGCCAAGCAGCUGCCCCCUCCGUCUAGAGGCCUUCCCUGCUUUAAUGCUGGACCCCAGGUUCAGUCUCCAAGUCUGUGUCGCACUUCACUGCUUCAGCCUCGCAGAGCAUCAGAGCCUUGCAGGGAUCCACGGUGCUCCGACUCCAGCCUGGAGGAGCCCGACCAGGGGACGCUCAAAGACCCUGGGUCAGCAAAGAUCCUGAUCCCUUUGAGUCGUUCAUGCCUCCCCAAGCCAAAGAUUCCCUGAGGAGCUUAAACCCACCCAUCAGAACUUAAAACUGGAAUCACUCUGACACUGCUAUUCAUCCCCGUCUCUCCCCAGCCAUAAUAACAGUGUGAUUGUUUUACCUUGUGAGUGUCAAAGAAACAUACGCUGAGCUCAGCAACCAUUAUGGACCAUUCAGGGACUGCCUGUGUCGUUGACAUUGGUAUUGUGACUGCUGUAUUGUUUCUAAAUUAGUAUCUAACAACUCCAGCCUGACUGACUGAUCGAUACGUAGUAUGUAGCAGGAUCUUAUCUACACAACAAUCCAUAUUGGUAUAUAACAGUUUACAGGUUGAUGGGAAUUUAUGGAAGAAGAAAUGUCCAGUUUACAGGCCGUGCACGUGCACACGAAUGCUGCUGAUGGGGAAAAAAAACGAGUGUUGACAUUCAGAGAAGUUAGCUUUAGUUUUGUUUUGUAAUACCCGCUGGCUGUUCACAAAAUUUAAAGUCCAAGUUCACUUGUCCUCACACAGCUGUGCCCUCUGACACCCAGGUGCAUUUGGUUUUAAACAUGGAGGUGGCAUAAAUGUGACCUUUGCAGUGUAAUAGAAGGCCACAGGGAAGAUGGAGACAAAACAAGAAAUGGGAAAGAAAGAAAAAAAAAGAAUAAAAUAACAGCAAAAGUGGAAUAGGGGGCUAGAAUGAAAAACAAAUGCAUGAAAGUGCUCCUGAGAUGUCACUCCCAGAAUGAAAACACACAUCUGUGUAAAUGUGUGUAUGAAAGUGAGAGGCUGGAGACAUAGAGGUGAGGUGCGUACAUGUUUCUGUGUCAGUUUGCUCUGCUUGCGUCAUGAAACUGCACGUAUUAGCAAGAAGGGUCUCUGACCUUCUGUGUAAAUGCAACUCAGAUGGGAAUAUAGGCUUAUAAAAAGUAACACCAUGCUGGUGGUGGAGAUGUGAUUAGGAGAAACAGUGUCAAAGUGAGGAAUUAGCUUUCAUAAUGUAGUGGAAAAGAGCAGUGUAAUAAAGCACUCACACACUUAAGUGUGCUCAGGUACAAUGUAGGCUCACUCAUACGUUUCCAUGUGUCUGUUAUUUCAGGCCUAUUUUGUCCAUUUGUAGAUAGACGACAGUGAAGAGUACCAGGAAGUAUGAUGCAUUAUGAGAGAGGAGACGGCAUGUAACAAAGUAAAUUUAAAAGUCCAGUGUGAAGGAUUUAGGAGGAUAUAUUGGCAGAAAUGGAAUAUAAUAUAAUAAUUAUGUUUUCUUCAGUGUAUAAUCACCUGAAAAUAACAUUUUUGUGUUUUUGUUACCUAGAAUGAGCCAUUUAUAUCUUCAUAGGUCCUCGUCCGCCAUGUUUCUUCAGUAGCCUAGAAUGGACAAACCAAACAGUAGCUCGGGAUAGGACUAUUUGCAUUUUUGCAUCAGCCCCCGUCGCUAGCAGCCCCCCAUGAUGAACAGUGUUGAAAAAACACUGUUUGAAACCAUGUCACUUUAUCAAGUGUUUUAAAUGGUGUAAUUCACUGCCUCGGUUUGUUUUGGAAAAGAAGAGACCCCUGCGUAAAAUUUGUCUCCUUUUAAAAACCUCCUGAACAUCUGGAUUUUAAGUUAUUAGAAAAAAUAGUGAGCACACAUUAGCGAGCCCAGUCUCACUUUGAAGUUGUCGAAAUUUGGCACUUGGGCAGUAACUUGCGUCAGAAACCAAUGAAAAAAGGCGUCCUUUAAUGUCGGCAUGAUAUGCGACUGGUUGCUGUUAUAGUUUAACAGCACCUGGCGGGGUCAUGGGUAAAUGCAGCGGGACAAGGACGGCAAAAGUCCCGACUUGGGCAGGCGGGAGGGAUGCUGGAUGGGUCCAACAAACAGACUUUCACCUGAGAGAGCAGUGUUAGUGUCCUGUGAGAUUCUAAAGCCAAACCUUGUUCUUU